UGGGUACCCACUUGAUUGCAGCGCCUCUCUCUCUCUCUCUGUCUCCCACCCUCGCUCCUUCCCUCUCCCAUUGCUCUCCAGUUCAAGCAGGAUCUCGCCUCCUUCCCGGAUCGGGACCGACUUCCUCCCCUGCCUGCCUUGUGCAGUUGUAGCUACUUUAUUCAUCCAAUCUUCCCCUCCCUCCUUCGUCCUCUAUUCUCUGUCCUCUAUUCCGCAACGACGACCAAGAGGCGGCGGCCAGAUGCCCAUGCACCACUGCCGUCCCCCCCCACAACGUCAUGCCCCAAGGCCUUCAGCGACUGUGCACUCCGACUCAUACAACAAGCUCUCACGUCCGCUCCACUGCUCCCUGUGCUGGCGCUGCGUGCCGGCGACAGCUGCUGCUUGCGGCCGAAUUCCACCACCCCGAGGGGUUGAGACAAAGCCCCGCGUACGCCUGCGGACCCCCUUUCUGACGUUCCGUCCCCAUCGGCAUUAUCGGUUCCUCAUCCGUCCAGGCCUCGCCGGCGCGAGGCGAAGAAAAAGCAAAUCUGAACGGCCACAAUCGGACUCGCAGCGGCGCAGAAGCAAAACUGGCGCAGCGCAGCCUGAUCUACUGGUACUAGCACCCCUAGUAACUUGGUCGCCAGAAGGCAAAAGAGGGGCUCCCUGGCUGCAGGAAAGCAGCCCAGGUAAGCACCAGAGGGCUCCAGAAAACCAUUGCCCAGGGGAAAGCAACGGCAGCCAGUGACAGCCCCUGCCCGACACGAGGGUGUUUGCUGCCGUAAACGCUGCACGGCCCAGCGCCUGCACUUUGCUCCUCCACCAACGGCCCCAGCCCUGGAACGCAGCUCGAUCGAGGCGGCUUUGGCUGCUCUCUCGGCUCGCGAUUAAAGCAACAAUUAAUUGACUUGCUCUCCCGGAUCCCAGCGCAUCAGCCUCAGACGCGGGCGGCCGCCCAUUCGCUGCCCGGGAGCGAUGCUGCCGUCUCCCUCGUCGGCGCCCGCCCAUCUUUGCGACAGAGCCAACCACGACUGGGCCAACGGCGACAGCGACUCGGCCUGCUCGCCGUGGAACAGCGACGACGGUCCGUGCAGCUGCGACCAGCGCGCCGACACCGAAUCUGUCAGUGCCGGCGCCGCCGCAUCGCUCGCCUCCAGAUACCCCGGGAGGAACGUGCACCCCGACGCCGGCCAGCACAGCGGCGCCCGACCUGACGACCACCGCCGCCGGCGCCCGGGCAGAGCUUCCGUCAUGCCCAAUGCAUCCGUCACCUGCCGUCGUCGAGAAAGCCAAUGCAUGGUUCCCGACGAGCCUGACUCGAGCCUGGGCGACAGCUACAGCGAAGCCCAAUGCCUGUACCACAGCACCCUUCAGCCACCUCUUGGCCAGCAACGUCCUCGAGACGGUGACCACCUGGACAUGAGCGACAGCGACGGCGGCGCACCGCUCGAUGACAUACUAGUCGCCAUGGACGCGGGCGACGCCGAAGUGCACUCUGAGUCAGAGUCGGAAGCCAAUGCAGUCGAAUUCGCUGAUGACGACGAGGCCGACGACAUGUUCGGCGCCGACGAGACUGCCCCCGACGAGCCUCCAGCGAUACCCAACUUCAACCUAGACAUGAAUCUACCUCCUCUUUCUUUUAACGUCUACCCCGGUGGUCAAUUGCCGGAGAACAUCUGGCCGCUCCCCAUGCCGGAUUUCGAUGAGGUGCCCGUGCCUGCCAUGGCAGACCCGAACUUCCCCCCUCAGCUCAGCAACCCGAACCCAAGCAUACUCGGAUCGACAAACCUCUGCCUGGUUGACUUUCUACGCGACUGGGUGAACCAGACUCGCCUUGCGCGUCCCUCAAGGAGGAGAGCGCCUCGUCUCGCCGAGGUGUACAGGCAGGCCCACGCUGAGGUCAAGCAGGUAACUUACGCGGGGCUCAAGGGCGAUGAAUGCGAUGUGCAAGGUUUGAAUUGGGCCGCCAUGCAGACAACUCGUGAUGCUGCGAGGGCGGCACGGCUCAACUCGUAUCGAAACUACGUGAACCGGCCGGGCUCCGAUCGGUGGACCUUCUCCUCUGAGUCUCCCAAGAUACCGGCUAGGGACAGCUUCUUUCGAUUCAAGGCCAUGGACAUACGGCCUGACGCCAGCCUCGCGCACUUUCAGCUGAGGAGUGUGCUUGCGUGUCCAUCGCGGACGCUAGCCUUCUACCCGAGCCCCAACGGCAUCAGCCGCCUCAACCUGAGGUCCAAGAAGACGGACCUGAUGGUAAACAUGCGAGAGUUUCCUGCAACAGGCGGCGUGAUUUCUACGCUCGACGCCAACUGUGGCGUCCUGAUGGGCGGCACGUUCAAUGGAGACUACUGCCUCAAGGCUCUGAACUCGGAUGACAAGAGGGCAUUUUCCGAAGGGCAAAUAUCGCCCGACGGCAUCACGAACCACUUGAGGGUUCAUACGUCGCGUCGGAACGCCAGGCCGAUCGCCAGCAUUGCUAGCAACGACUGCGGUCUUCGGGUCAUGGACAUCGAGACCGAAAAGUUCGUCUCUCGAAAGAUGUAUCCUUUCUGCCUCAACUGCUCCGCGAGCUCACCGGACCGCCGACUGCAAGUAGUGGUGGGCGACGAUCCUAACGUGCUCAUAAUCAAUGCGGAAACGGGCGAAGUCCUGCAAGAGCUGUCUGGCCAUGGUGACUACGGCUUUGCCUGCGAUUGGUCCGAUGACGGCUGGACCGUGGCGACGGGGUUCCAGGACAAGGCGAUCAAGAUUUGGGAUGCCCGGAAAUGGUGCAACUCCAGCGGAGUGAGUGGUGCUCUGUGCACCAUUCGAGCUGAGAUGGCCGGCGUCCGUGGACUGCGCUUCUCGCCGCGGGGCAGCGGGAAACCGAUACUGGUUGCCGCUGAGGAGGCCGACUACGUCAACUUGAUCGACGCGCAAACAUUUAGCUCGAAGCAAACGAUCGAUGUGUUUAGCGAGAUUGGCGGCAUUGACUUCGCCAAUGACGGCCAAGAUCUCAACGUGCUUUGCUGCGACCCCCAUCGCGGCGGUGUGUUGCAGCUAGAGCGCUGCGGAAGAGGGCCAGACGCGUCGCUGGAGAAGGCCUGGCUGCGACUGUCAACACGAUAUCCUUGGCUUGUGGACCGAGACGACGAGGACGAGCUCCAUCAAAGAUGGUCUCGAGGCCGCGUGCCGACCUUGCUUGAAGGGCCGGAGCCAUUUUAGCCUCACUUUUCAGGAUACUAUUAUGCCGCCUCAAAAUCUCGCACACCAUACCCCCGGCCACCUGUUUUUGAUAUGGCACUGUUUUCGAGGCCAUCGGCGACUCAUUUGUUUUUAUUUAUUGAUUUGGACAUGGCUGUUGUUCAUGUCCCACGAUAUAUACGUUUUGGAAUGCAAUACCGCCAUGGCUUGUUGGCGGUAUUGCCUCUACCAGCUGCGCCCGUGGAGACGGACGCCCGAAUUGCCUCGCCACAGCCUGGCGACGGCAACGCACACGUUUGGCCGACGAAAGCAUACGCACGUGGCGAUGCUCCGGGUUUCUGUCUGAAUACUAGGCUCGAACGGAGCGCUUUUUAUUGAGUCCCGUCUAGGGGCACGGUACACGACUUGUUUGUAAUGAGAGCGGGCGUCUCGAGGAGCUGUCUAUGUCUACAGACUGCAUGUUUUGGAUGAAAACUCUGGGAAUGGAUGGAUGGAUGCCCAAGCGGGACCUUUUGGCAUGGGGUCGGGGCCUUGUGCAUUGUAUGAGAGGCGAAGGACUGCGAGAGAUGAAAUGAAGUAAAUGAGUAUGCGCACGCGAGCCA